AUGAAGGCGGAAAAGGUUGACCUUGGCGAGACUUCGCUGCUUGAGAAGCAGCAGGGGUGGACGAAGAGACCUCAAAGAUUUGUCCAUAUCGUCAUCGCCGCCGUCAUCCUCGCCGCGCUGCUUGUAAAGCAAGGCAGUACUUGGACAGGCUUGCAAGCCUUGGUUCACCAGAAUCCGUCCAAGCAUCUCAACAAAGUUCAGCAAUGCUCCAUUGACAAUUUCCACCAAGAUCUUGGGUUUCUUGACCACGCGAAGCCGAUCGAGGCUCAUGAGUUUAUUCAAAGGAGAGAUAGACUUGCACAAGCACUCGCCCAGAAUGGUGUCGACGCCUUUGUGUUGGAGCCUGGAUACACCUUCCAAUAUUACGGCAACAUCUCUCAGACAGAGUGGGAGCCAUGGGAGCCUGAGGAGCGUCCCUUUUUAAUGCUCGUCCUUCCCCAGAUCGCGGCCGAUGGGUCCGUAUCUGCCAAAACGGCCUUCCUCGCGCCUCACUUUGAAGAGGGCCGUGUGCGCAUGCUCGGUAUUCCCUCGCGCGAUGCCGAGCUCGACAUCGUCAUUUGGGAAGAACACUGGAACCCAUACAAGACGCUGCUCGAGUCUUCACUCUUCGAGGGCAAGAAGCAGCCCACGCUCAUGGCCGACGAGGAGAUGCGGGACUACAUCGUGCGAGGCUUGGAUAAUAACGGGUUCAAGACCGUGGGCCUCUCUCCGGAGGCAGAGUUGGUUCGGCAGACCAAGUCGCCAGCCGAGGUUGAACUGCUUCGAGCGGUCAAUACCGGCACCGUCGCCGCUGUGCGCGCUAUGCGACCCUGUCUCGUACCCGGCCUGACCGAAGAUGAAGUCACGGCCAUCCUGGACAACACGUUGCUCUCGGUAGGCUUCGGGCUGUUCUUCAACAUUGUGCUCUUCGAGGAACACGGCGCACUGCCUCAUGGCGGCUUCGUCACUGGGGGCAAGAAGCUCACGCAGGACAGCAUGGUCGUCAUUGACGUUGGAGCGCAUUAUCUUGGCUACUCCUCCGACAUCUGCCGCAGCUUCCUCAUCGAUCCGCCUGAAGGAAAGGCUGCGUCAGGGGACCCUCGACGGGCUGAAAAGGAGAACGUUUGGCAGAUUGUCCUCGACGCGCAGACUGCUGCUGCGGGGGCCAUGAAGCCCAACAACACAGCCGCGAGCGUGGACAUUGCCGCGCGAUCUGUCAUCGAGGCUGCUGGCUACGGGUACGGCUUCACGCACAGGCUCGGUCACGGCAUCGGGAUCAAGGCGCACGAGUCGCCGUACCUGAACAAAUGGAACACUGCUGAUAAGCUCGGCCCUGGAAUGACGUUCACGAAUGAGCCUGGCAUUUACCUCGAGGGAAAAUUUGGCGUGCGGCACGAAGACAUUUACCUGGUCACGGAAAACGGCGAGGCCGAGCUAUUGACUGGACGGAGGGCGCGAGGCCUGUACGAUCCUUGA